CGCUGCCGAGCCGCCAGUUCCUGAUCCCCGGAUCGCCGAGCGUGCCACCAGCUAACGGGAGAGCAGCUGCCGCGGAGCCCCAACAGGCACCAGGACCCCCCCAGGACGAGCCCCAUGGCGUUUACCGCCCUUCUGCUGCUGCUGGUGCUGGGCGCAGGUACAUGUGCCAUGGUCCCCACCCAGAUCACCACAGAGACAACCACAACUGACACAACCACCACAGAGACGACCACCACUGACACGACCACCACGGAGACAACCACGGAGACAACCACCACCCCCAUGACCGCCACUCCGAGCAUCCAAAUCUCCAAAAACACGAGCAGCAACGGGACCCAAACCUCCGUCUCCUCCCACACCACAGUCUUCCCUGCCACAGGCAACACCACAAACUUCCAGUCCAACAACAGCUCUGCACGCAACGCCACAGCCAAGAGCACCGCGGUGCCCAUCUCUAGCAGCCCCGCCAUCUCCCAUGCCAAUGCCUCCACAAACAGCAGCAACUGGGUCCCCCCCUUCGCCACCAACACAACCAAGAGCAGCUCCGUGGCUCCCACCUCCCCCGUGGGUGGUGGCACGGUGAUCCCCAUCUCCAGCACCAAAGGCAACGGGAGCAACAGCGCUCAGGUCAUCCCCACACGGAAAACCUCUGUCACCACGCAGGGCAGCACAGCUCCCAGGCAGACCCCCACGGCUGUGCUGGGCAGCAGCGGUCCUCCGAACCCCAGCAAAGCCGCAGCCCUGCGUCCCACCGCUGUCCAACUGCUCCUCCGUGUCCCACUGUCCUUCCGCAUCAUCAACAGGAGCUUCAACGAGAGCCUGCGCGACCCCACGUCGAAGGACUACAGGAGUCUGAGCCACACUGUCUUGACCAUGUUCGAGUAUGUCUUUGGCUGCGCAAGCUGCAUGGGCAGGCAGACCUACAAGGGAUGCAGCGAGCUCCGUUUCAGCCAAGGCUCGGUGGAGGUGCAGUCCACCCUUGUGUUUGGGCAAGGCAAUGACACCGUCACCAGCAACGCCGCUGAGCAGCAGCUGAGGAACAGCCUGGACCAGAAUGGCUUCAUCAUGGACCUGCAGCUGGCCAGCAUCCAGAGCACUGUGGUGACAUCCCCGGCACCGGUGUCCGUGGUCCCCGAUUGGGCCAUCGCUCUGCUGGUCCUGGUCUGCAUCCUGCUGCUGCUGAGCAUCCUCACCUGCUUUCUGAUGACCACCUGCACUUGCCGCCGGAAAAGCCGAGGGAAGCUGGACCUGCUCAGCACAAAGGACUCCUACCACCCCAUGGCCGAGUACCCCCCGUAUCAGAGCCAUGGGCGCUACGUGUCACCCAACAGCAAGCCCAACCCCUACAGCCAGGUGGCCGGCAGCAACGGCGCGGGGGCCGGCACCUUCACCUACACCAACCCCUCCGCCGCCUCUGACAACCUCUGAGGGACAUGCUGGGACGGAGGGCGGCCGUCGAGGGGAGGGGGUGGCCGCGGCCCCCCCCCCACUCCCGGGGGAGCAGCACCGGCCCCCGGGCACGGCCCCCGGUGCUGCUCAGCCCCUCGCCGCGGGCAGCGGGAGCCGGAUGGUUCUGGAGCAGCUGGAUUCAUGCGCAUGACAGAACUGGAUGAACAAAGAUUUGGGGUGGGAGGGUGGGUCCCCUGCACCCCCCCCCGGCCCCCUGCGCUCGCUUGGCUGUUCACCCCCUGCUCUGCGCCAUGGGUGGGGGGCCAGGCUGUCACCCCCCCCCCCCCGCACUCGCCCCUAGGGAUUCAAUUGCUCUUUUAGUGGUGUUAUUUUAUAUAAAUAUAUACGGGGUGUCAGCGCUGGGCUGGGCUCGGGGGGAAGCAGGGUGGCAGGGGCUGUGGCCGUGGUAUAUUUAUCGCAUUUCACAAUAAAAGGAUGGGCGCAGUCAGGUGCCGUGUCCCACAGGGCUGCGGCGAGCACCGGCACACCACGAUGCCGCAGGGGCUUCCCCAGCGUGCCAGGUGCCUCCCCUGCAGAGUGACUCCGGUUCUGGCCUGGCGGCUGGUGGGACGGCCCUGGCGUG